AGGGAUCAUUUGCAAUCAAAAUUAUAUUUAGUAAAAAAUUAUUAUUAUGCACUGAAAUUUAAUAUAUUGUAAUUAUUUAUUUAUGUAAUUUUAUAGUUAUAUGAAAUGUUAUAUUUUAAUUCGCGUAUUAUGCUUUAAUUUGGAAUCGUAUUUUUCAUGGCGGUGAUUUACAUUCGUAAACUCAAACUUGCGUGUGCUAACAUAACCUAUUCCUUGUGAUUAGGUACGAUUUAUGCAACCGCUCGUGUAUGUUCAAAACGUGUUAGCGAUUUUAGCAUUUUUCAUAUUUAUUAGGAUUUAUUACAUAUCAUAAAAAUAAAAUUUUUCUCUGAUAGUAUUAUUUAAUAAUAUUUUUUGUAUAAUAUUAAAAUAACUAAUAUGGUUGUUUUUACUUGUAAUCAUUGCGGGGAAACUUUACAAAAACCACGUGUUUCUAAACACUAUCAAUUUCAGUGUCGUAACAAACCUUAUUUAACAUGUGUGGAUUGUUUAAAAGAUUUUCGGAAUAUGUACAACAUACAAAAUGUAUAACUGAGGCAGAACGAUAUGGUGGUAAAGAUUAUGUCCCAAAAUCUACAGCUUGUAAGGGUGAACGUAAACAACAAGAAUGGCUUAAAAUUGUAAAUAAUGUACUUGAAACAGAUAAAGAUUUGUCUAAUGCAGAAAAAAGUUUUUUACAAGCUUUGUCAAAAUGUGAAAACAUUCCCAGGAAAAAAGUCAAAUUCAUCAAUUUUAUUAAUAAUGCAUUUGGAUAUAAAAUAAAUAAGUUAGUAGUUGAAAGUGUUUGGGCAAAAAUGGAAAAAGCUUAUCAACAGGCAGUAAAUAAUAAUGUAAAGCAAGAACAAAUUAGAGAGCCCAAUGGUAAUCAUAAAGUAGAAGUUCAUAUGGAAGAAGAUAAAAGUUUGAAAAAUAACGUGGAUAAUAAUAUCGCAGAAAAUCAAAAUAAUGAAAAUAUAUUUAAAGAAAAUAAAUGUGAUAAACAAAGUAAUACGAAUAAUGGAUUGUCUGACAACAACUGCACUGAGAAAUUGGAAUCUUCGAACAAAAAAAAGAAAUCUAAGAAAAGAAAGCUCUCUCCAUCAAUGAAGAACGCAGAGGAAUCUCCUGUUACUAAGAAAAAUAAUAUGGAUGAUCUGAAUGUAAUUUCAGAAACUUUAAAUGAAGUCCAAAAUACAAAUACAUUGGAAACAACUAAAUUUAAUUGGAAAAAUACUAUUUUAAAUAUAGUAUCUGUUAAAGGUGAGAUAUCUUUAAAGAAACUGCAAAAAAGGGUACGCACACAAUACACAAAUCAUUGUCAAGCUGAAAUAACAGAUGAAAAGUUCAUUAAUAAAUUUAAUAAGAAACUUAACAAAAUGACUGAAAUUAUUGUAUCUGAACAAAAAAUAAGACUGGCAUAGAUAUAUAAAUUAUUGACAAUAAAAAUUUGUGUUAAUAUUUGAAAUUAAAAUAUGUUAAAAACAAAAUUAUUGAGAACUGUUUAAGAAAUAGAUACAAUGU